GCGUCUGCGGCUGUCUCAGGUAAGACAGCUAUCACUCCUUAGAAAACAGUCCCUUCCACGUCUCACCACUCCCGCCCUCGGCGCCCACACCCCGUUACCUCAGUCUCUUCUCCCUCAGCUUCGGCCAGACUGAAACGCACGGACCGCAUCCCUCCACCGCCGUACUCCGGUACAGACCUCCACGGCCCCGACCCCCCUAGGCUGGGACGACCCCGCCAAGCCCAGGCCUCCCACUUUGCGCCGAGAUCCCCCGAAGUAAGCGCAGACUGCGCACCUGUCCCCAGACCACCCCCAGUCACGUUGUCUCCUUCAUCUAACCUGCAGUUUCUUGUGACUGACUGCCCUAACCAUCACUUGUAACUAGCCAGAUUCCUUGCACUAAUUGUUCAACAAAUACGCCUCUAACGCCACUUAGGGACAAGGCAUGGUGCUAGGCACUCAGGGGCUGCAAAAAUGUGACAGAUUACUUGUUUUUAAGGGAAUAGUUCAGCAUUCAGGAAAAGUAGUGCAUAUUAAUAACACCAUUUGUGCGGUGCUUCAUAGGUUAAGCAGUUUUACUGUUUUAGUGAAUAUUUUCAACAAAUGUGAAAUAGGCGUAAGUUAUAUUAUCCAUUUUAUAGAAAGUGAAACUAAGGCUCAGAGAUGUUAGGCAUUUAUCAGCCUAGUGAAGACCUAAUUCAUGUACUACUACUGAAAAGGAAAGAAGUAGAGUGAUGCAGAAGGUCAUUUCAAAUGUAAAAUUGAUAAGAAAGUUGUUAGGGUCACUUAGGCCCUAAAUGAACCUGGAGACAUAGUGUUGAACAAGUGAUCUGAGACUUUAGGUAACGGAAAGUGAGGGAGUCGCUGGGGAGAGGCAGAAUACUUAUAAACCCUGGGAACGGCAAGAUACCUCCUUUUUUGUUCCAUCAGUCAGAUACACUUAGCGGGGUAAAUCCUGAGUAAAUGUUUGAAGCAUUAAGUUCCACUUUGAAUUGUUAGAAAACAUGACUUUUUUUCCCCCCUUAACAGCUAUACAGUUUAUUUUUGAAAUUGUAUCCUUAGUGUUGUAAAAUAAUUUGAAAAUAUCUUUGACUAAAUAAGACAUAUGUUAGGAAUUUUUCCAGUGGACUAACUAUUCUGUGUGGCUGCUGCUUUCCUGUUUUUAAAAUAUAUUUUUCUAAAACCGAGAGAUAAGUAACACUUGAGGGGAGAUUUGCACAUCAAAAAAAAAAAAAAAGUAGCUACCAAAAAACAUUGUGAAGAAUGUGGGGGAUGUGAGUUGGGGGUAUGGCAUUCCUAUCCUCUGUCUUGCUAUAAUUUGUGCUUAAUGGUUUAGUUACAUAUAUAAGGAUCUUAUUAGCACUAACCAGUGAAAUCACCCUUGUAACUAGCUCUGCCUACCUGGCAACAAAGGUUGGAAAGGGCACAAAACAAUACUGGACUAGAACAUUUCUCCCCUGGUAUUGGUUAUGAUGUAAUGUGAGUACUUGUGCAGCUAUGUUAUAUGAGAGGACAGGUUCACUCAUUAUGUUCACAGAGAUCAAAGAAGACCAGAGAGACUGCCUGAGAGUCGGUAUGGAACAAGUGUCAACAGGCAGACCCGUGCAGAUCACUGUGACAGAUGGAUAUGACUUGAAGGGUUUUAAAGGAGAUACUCCAGUUACCUUUAUUCGUGCAGAAUUCAAUCAGGUAGUUCUGGGAGACUCUGCAAAAAUUACUAUUUCUCCAGAAGGAACUGCAAAAUACAACUUCACUAGCAGUUUUGAGUUCAAUCCUGAAGGAGGAAUCACUUUAGAAGACCUCGCCCAUAAACCUGUGUUCUUAACUAUGACUGAAGUUCUACCAAAGGAAAAGAAACAGAAAGAGGAGAAAACCUUAAUUCUUGGUCAAGCAGUGGUGGACCUUCUUCCUUUACUGGAAGGAGAGAGUUCAUUUGAAAUGAUGGUCCCAUUGCACCCUGUGCCGGGCUCCCCCUUAGAAUCUCUUCGAUCAGGUGUUAAGUGCAGUCUCGAAGUUAAAGUAUUUGUUGCGGAGCCCUUAUUGACCCCAGCCCAGAUCUCAGGAGGCAAUCUUCUGAAGGUCACAUUGGAGGCUGCCUACUCUGUGCCUGAAUCUUUCAUUCCAACAGGGCCACUGCAGAACUACAUGGUUGGUCUGCAAGUUCCAUCAGCUGGAGAGAAAGACUAUCCCAUUUUCUUCAAGAAUGGAACUCUGAAGCUUGGAGGAGAACGAGAACCUGUUCCUCGGCCCAAAAAAUGGCCUAUUGCCAACAUUCUGGCUCCAGGAGCUAAUAACAUUCCUGAUGCGUUCAUCAUUGGCGGGCCAUAUGAUGAAGAAGAAGGAGAACUCAACCACCCUGAGGACAGGGAAUUUAGGAACCAAGCAGAGUGCAUGAAGAAAAGGAUUACUUGGGACUUGGAAAGUCGCUGCUACCUUGAUCCUCCUACAGUGGUCAGUUUUCAGAAGCGAAUUGCUGAUUGCCGGUUUUGGCCUGUAGAGAUCACAAGAAUUCCUCUGGUUAGUGUACCCAAAGGGAAAGCUGCUAAAUUUGAAAAGACUGAUGAUGAAGGUCAGCUUUCAUUUCAUGGUGUGGCUUAUGUUAAUAUGGUGCCAUUGCUGUAUCCAGGUGUGAAGAGAAUUCGGGGAGCUUUUCAUGUUUACCCUUACCUUAAUAGUACAGUGUAUGAAAAGACCAAGUGUUUACUUAGCUUGUUCCGAGAUGCUGGCCAUCAUUUGAUUCAGAAUAAUAAAAUAGGAGGAAUUAAUUCUCCACUGCCCAAACAAGUUGCUUCUAAGAACCUGAAAGAAGAUAAAGCAGUCAAAGAAAAGGAUAUGGAAGGAAAGUCUAGGCCUGGAGAUGUGCAAGCAUCUAGCAUAAAAUCUCAGAGCUCAGAUACUCCUUUGGAAAUUGAACCUUCUCUAUGCAACAAUCCAGAAGGACAGCAAUAUGUAGAAGCAGGGACAUACAUUGUGUUGGAGAUUCAGCUGGACAAAGCCUUGGUUCCGAAGCGCAUGCCAGAGGAGCUAGCCAGAAGGGUCAAGGAAAUGAUUCCUCCAAGGCCACCUCUUACCCGUCGGACAGGAGGAGCUCAGAAGGCAAUGAGUGACUACCACAUGCAGAUCAAGAACAUUUCUAGAGCCAUUCUGGAUGAGUAUCACAGGAUGUUUGGAAAACAGGUAGCCAAACUGGGGAGUGAUAUGGAUAGUGAAACCCUGGAGGAGCAGAAGUGCCAGCUCAACUAUGAACUUAAUUGCUCUGGGAAAUAUUUUGCUUUCAAAGAACAACUCAAGCAUGCUGUGGUAAAGAUUGUGAGAGAGAAGUACUUGAAGACAUCAUCAUUUGAAAGCCAGGAAGAACUGCAAACAUUUAUUAGUGAGCUCUAUGUGUUCUUGGUAGAUCAGAUGCAUGUGGCCUUAAAUCAGACCAUGCCAGAUGAUGUUCAAGGCACUACUUCAACCAUUUACAUCAGCAGUGAACAGCUUCGACUCUUUGCAUUUGAAGCAGAAGUCAAUGAGAACUUUGAAAUGGCAACAGUGUACUAUGAAGAGAGGUUGGUCCGUGAACCCCAGAACCUGGAGCACUGGCUGGACUAUGGUGCCUUCUGCCUCCUAACUGAAGACAAUAUCAAAGCACAGGAGUGUUUUCGGAAAGCUCUUUCCCUCAACCAGAAUCAUAUCCACAGCUUGUUGCUGUGCGGUGUCCUGGCUGUCCUGAUGGAGAACUAUGAGCAGGCAGAAAUUUUCUUCGAGGAUGCUACUUGCUUGGAACCAACUAAUGUUGUAGCCUGGACUUUACUUGGCUUGUACUAUGAAAUUCAAAACAAUGAUAUUCGAAUGGAAAUGGCAUUUCAUGAAGCCUUCAAACAGCUUCAGGCACGAGUAUUUCAGGCACAAGUAACAACGCAGAGGAGCACUGGGACUGUGGAGUAUGUUGAAGAAGGAGGGAAAGCAGAAUCCAGUUUAGGCCCUUGGGGAAUUACUAGUGGUUCUUCUACAGCAGCAACCAAGGUGGAAGCCCCAGCAGGGCUGGGAGCUCCAUUAUCCAUUCUGGAUGAAUUUCUUGAUGAAUCCUCUAACCUGCAGUCUGAUUCACAUGAACCCAUGUUGUCUGUACAAUCUCAGGAUCCAAAUACCAGCCAAAAACCAUCCAACACAUUUUUCAAGGGGAUACCAACAAAAAAAGAAGCAUCAAAAUGUCAAGAGUCAUUGACUUGUCUGCAUCCCACUCCUUAUAGUGUUUCCCAGACUCCUACCACCAUCUUCAUGGAGACCAUACACUUCUUGAUGAAGGUCAAUGCUGUGCAGUAUGUACACAGAGUACUUGCACAUGAGCUAUUAUGCCCUCAAGGAGGCCCAAGCUGUGAGUAUUACUUGGUGCUGGCCCAGAUACACCUUCUCAAGAAGGACUUUGCUAAAGCAGAGGAAUGCCUUCAACAAGCAGCCCAGGUGGACUACCUGAACCCCAACGUCUGGGGCUUGAAGGGUCAUCUCUAUUUUCUGAGUGGAAAUCAUGCUGAAGCCAAGGCAUGCUAUGAGCGAACCAUUAGUUUUGUCGCGGAUGCUUCUGAGAUGCACUUCAUCUUCCUGCGACUGGGGCACAUAUACCUGGAAGAGAAAGAGUACGAAAAGGCAAAGAAAACCUAUAUGCAAGCCUGUAAGAGAUCGCCUUCAUGCCUUACGUGGCUCGGACUAGGAAUUGCCUGUUAUCGGCUGGAGGAGCUCACAGAGGCUGAGGAUGCUCUCUCUGAAGCCAACGCGCUAAACAACUACAAUGCUGAAGUAUGGGCAUAUCUGGCUCUGGUCUGCCUGAAAGCUGGACGGCAACUAGAAGCUGAGCAGGCCUACAAGUACACAAUGAAGCUAAAAUUGAAAGAUGAGAAUCUGCUUGCAGAGAUCCACAUGGUACAAGAAGCAGUUGGCUUUGGAAAUCCAUCUUUCUAAUAUCCGUCCACCUGAAGACUUUUCUGUAUGGGGCUCUGAGCUCCUUUCCUUCCCAGAGAAAUUAAAUCCUGGAUGUCUCACCUUAUGAGGACUGGGGAGAAAGAAAAAAGAAUCUUCAAAAAGAAAAAGAGGAUCUUCAACAUAAAUUGAAACCCACUUAUUUAUUUCUAUUGGCUAUCUUACUGAAUGUCUGUGCUAUUGGAUGUUUUACUGGUUAAUAGUAAACUGGAUGGUAAUAAAGUGUAAAUAAGAGGUUCAGAAUU